AUGAUGGAAAUGCGCUACACCAUUUGUGUUUUGGUGUUAGCACUCUGCUUUGCCUGCGGUAUUGUGUGUGCUGAUGCUCCUCCUGGCGAAGGUGGAGGUCAUCCAAAGGAUAAAGCUGAGGAGGCAGCUGCUGGUCCUGAUGGUACUUGCACUCCUGACGGUUCCACUCCUCCUCAGGGUAAAAAUUGUUUGCCUCCUCCUCCACCCCCUCCACCACCAUCUAUUCCUGAUUCUGUUGGUACUUGUCCUGAAGCUGGUGCUGGUGAUUCCACUGGCGGUACUUGUACUUCUUCUUCUUCUUCUGGUGGUGUUGGUGCUGCUGGUCCUGGCACUCAUCCGCAACCUGCCGCAAGAGACUCUUCAUCACCUACACAGGAAGUAUCUGCUGCUCAAGGUGUGCGGGGAUCCCAAGAUUCUAUCAGUGAACCACGUCCUGCAGAAACUGCUGCCGAACCUCCUGCAGGCGCUUCUGGCGAAGCUGCUCCUUCUGGUCCAGCUGCUGGUCCUUCCAUUACAUCUUCUUCACCAGGUGAGGGGAGCAGUAGUGAAUCUUCACGUGUUGGUCAAACUGAAAGCGCAACAACACCAACUUCUCCUUCUCCCACUAAUUCGUCCACAGAGAGUACCGGUGAUUCUGAUGGUGGAAUGACUGAAAACGGCAUUACACCUGCAGGGAGUGAGUCAGUAAAUAACCCAAGUGAUGCAGAUAGCACAGAUACAACCACCACCACCACCACAACACUUCCUCCUGAACUCACAAACAACAAGAAGGGUGAUGCAGACAGCAGCAGCAGUAUCAGCAGUUCUGUGUGGGUUCGUGUACCACUACUGAUUGUGUUUACACUGGCCUGUAUUCUUGUGUGCUGA